AUGAAGAGAGCCCUGGAUGCAGCGCAGGCUUCUGCUGACCUUGCAGCUGCUGAGGGUUUGGAGCCCGAUGGUCAAGUUGCAGCCGCAGCCAGUGCAGCUGCCGAUGCUGCAGCCGCGCUGAACGUGCCGAUUGGAGCUCAGCUCUCCAUUGCUGCGGUGGCAGCUGCCAAGAUUGCCAUCGACCUGGGGAUUUCCCAGGAUGAUGCUGCUGAUGCAGCGGCCUCGUGCACAGAGAGCAUCACUCAAUCCAUGGGGCAAGAUGCGGACACGCGGGCGCAAGCAGCAGACACUACAGCCAUUAUCACUGGGUAUUUGGUAGCAUCGCAUGCUGGCGAGGGCCCGAUCGCAGCGGGACUGGAAGCAGGCAAAGCCAUGAGAGCAGCAGGAAGUACUCCGCAGGAGCAGCUGUCGGCAGCUGCAGAUGCAGCCCUGCACGCCGCUUCCACAGCCAAUCUGCCCAAGGAACUGCAGCUGGUGGCUGCGACCGCUGCCAUAGGUCGCACCGCGGCAGUUGGUCGCAUCCGAACCUCCAAAGACGAGUUUCGGAAGCUUAUCUUGCACCUUGCAGCGCAGUUGGCUGUUGCACUACCAAGCUACGGAGUGGACGAGGCCACGCUUGCGACGACAGCGGAGGCUGCAGCUGUGCAGGAUCUCAGCGACAGCAUCCAGCCGGAAAUUGAGAAUGAAGAGAGUCAGGAGAUGCUGAUAAGCGAGAUGCAGAACGACCUGGAACUGCGGAAAGCCUUGGAUGCUUCGGAUCAGCAGGUAGCUGCGAUCCGGAGUGACUUCCAGCGCGGCAUGCGUUCGCUUCUGACGGUUCUCCGCAACUCCGUUGCGCUGGGAACUCCACAGGCGAGACGAAUCGUUGGAGUCACUGCUGCACACUACUUACUGAAGAAGGGCAGGAAGGUGACCCUUAUCGAAAAGUGUGCCAUCGCAUGCCACUCCUCUGGCAAAGCUGGUGGUUUCCUGACGGACGGAGAUUCAGGAUGGCACAGUGGCUCCAUCGCUCGCUUGGCCAAGCGUUCCUUCGCACUGCACGAGGACUUGGCCAAGGAGUUCGGGGCCGACGCGAUUGGUCACAGACGUGUGAAGUGUUUGGGCCAAGGACGAGAUGCCAGCACUGCGCAGCCGGCCUGGCUCGCGUCGGGCCAGUACCAGAAAGACAUGGGCAACGAGACCGGACUGGCACAGGUUACACCAUACAAGCUUAUGGAUGCACUCAAGGACUCCAUCGUGAAGCGAGGUUGCGAGAUCAUCAUCGGCAAGGCCACUGGUGUGGAGAUGGAAGGCAGCGAUGCGAUGUCGUGUUCUCUCUGCCAGGACGGCAAGGAGUCUUCACUUCCAUGCACAUCCUUGAUCCUCGGGAUGGGCGCAUGGGCGAGCGAAGCAGCCGAGUGGUUCCCUGAUAGCACGCUGCCUCGGCGCACCGUCUCGAACCGCUACACCAGCGUGAUUUGGGAUGAUGUUGAGGUUGGCAAGGAUGCUACAAUGGUGUUCACCAUGGGCGAAGACCACACGGAGAUCUAUCCUCGAUCAAACGAGUGCUAUGCUAAUGGCUGCCCAACGGAUCCCCCUUUGCCAGAUAACCCCAUGGAGAUCGAGCCUCCUCAGGACGAGAUCGACAGGGUCAAGGCCGAGAGCAUCGCUGCCGUUCCGCGGCUCAAGGAUGCAACGAUCAUUCGCAGCACGGCCUGCUUCCUCGCAGGCUCCGAGGACCACCGACCGGUGGUUGGCCGCAUCCCGAAGACCGAGAACGCUGUCAUAGCAUGUGGUGGAGGAUGCUGGGGUAUUCUGAAUGGCCCGGCGAUGGGCGAGGCUGCUGCAGCCCUGGCAGCAGGGGAGGAGCCCCCACUGGACGUCUCUGCGUUCGAUCCUCUGCGCUUUGACCGGUCCCACCUGUCGACUUUCAUCAAGGGCUUGCCGCCCAAACUCACGGCUUUGGUGGCUCAACACCCGGAGCUCGCAGAUCUUGGGCUUGCAAAAAGCUCCAGGGGCAUGCUGAGGGACAGCCUGUGA